AUGAUGAUGACUUCAAAUCAUCCAUCACCUGUACGAGAUUUUAUUCGUGUGAACUUUGGACCAAUUUGUACUAGUACUGGCAUACAAUUAUCAAAUAUGAUACGUGGAAAGGAUACAGGUGCUGAAGUAGCUGGUCUUUCAGGUAGUAUGAAUUUUUAUA